UCACUGGCAUUCCAUAGCCGGAGUCCCAGCACCACACUGGCAGCCCGACUUGCCCGCCUCGGCCAUACAGACACACCCAUCAGACAGGGCAUCGGUACCCUCAGUGUCAAAUCCCACGCCGGAGCAGGAAGAGCCCGUGCAGCAUUGGUUGAUCAGGGACUGGGCGUAGCCGUGGAUGUAGGCAACAUCGACCGCGUCUCCCUGUGGGAAGAAGGAGAAGGUGCAGGAGCCGGAUGUCCAGUAGGUGUUGUCGUUGCCGCUGACGGUGCCGGAGGUGGGGAUCAGGGCAAAGGCCGCGUAGCAGUCGGAGCUGGUUGCUUUGUCGCAGUCGCCGCAGGUGAUGGUCGAACCGGCGAAAGUGGUCGUGGCCAGGGCGGCCAAGGUAAGCAAGUAUUUGGGGUUCAUGGUUGUAAAAAUUGUAUCAGGUGUAUGCUCGAGUCGCG